AUGGCGCCAGUUGCGACCGAAGCUUAUAGUGAUACGCCGAAGGCUGCUGCCUUGAGCGUCGCCGUUGGGAAGCCCCUUCAGCCUCCACAGUUCACCUCGAAGGAACAAGAGCGCGCAUGGCUAAAAUUCCGGCUCGCGCAGGCUUUCAGGCUUUUCGGAAAGUUUGGCUAUGAUGAGGGCGUUGCGGGGCACAUCACGGUCCGGGACACCAUCCGGACUGACUGUUUCUGGGUGAACCCUUUCGGCAAGCACUUCUCGCUCAUCCAGCCCGAAGACCUCAUCCUCGUCGAUCACCAUGGUGUCGUACAGGCCGCCGAGUCUGGCCCGAACACGCUCCUGAACAAGGCAGCAUUUAUGAUCCACUCCGCGAUUCACACUGCGCGUCCGGACGUUCACUGCGCGGCGCAUUCGCAUUCGGUCUAUGGGCGCGCGUUUUCGACGUUGGGCAAGCCCCUGGACAUGAUCACUCAGGAUUCGUGCGCGUUCUACGAGGACCAUGCUGUGUACACCCAGUAUGGUGGUGUGGUGCUGGAUGAGGAGGAAGGUCAACACAUCGUGAAGGCACUCGGCAAUAAGAAAGCCGUGAUACUGCAGAACCACGGUCUCCUCGUGGCCACCAACUCCAUAGAGGCGACGCUCCAUUUCUUCGUCGCACUCGAGAAGUCUUGCCAGGUACAGCUCUUAGCUGAUGCUGCGGCCGCCGGCACUGGUAGUCAGACCAAGAAGGUCUCGGAGGCGGAGUGCAAGCUCACAUACAAUGUUGUCGGCACUCAUACAGCGGGUUGGUUCAGCGGUUUGCCCCACUUCCAGGUCCUGGAGGCUCAGGAAGGUGUUUCGUUCGAUUUUGGGGCUACGCAGUAA